UUUCCAUAAAUUUUUUAGAAUUCAAUAAAAAAUAAAAACAGAAACAAAAAAAUAUAAAAAGCAAUUAAGCGAGAAAAAAAAGAGCUGAAACCCCGGAAAAUACAUAUUUGCUAAGAUUCACUUCCGUUGAGUGCGGAAAAAAGGAAACUGAAAUAGAAAAUAAUAAAAAAAAAAAAAAAACUAUGAAAAUAUUUAUUCCGUUUUUUGUUUUAAUUUGUGGAUUUUGUGGUUUUGUCCUGGGACAGCAGCCACGGCGUGACGAUGAGUGGCCGCCAAAGGGUAUUUUGGCCAUGAUAAAACCAAUUACAGAGAGUUGUGUUAAAAAAACUGGCGUCACACAAGAAGCAAUUAGGGAAUUUAGCGAUGGCGAAAUUCACGAGGACGAAGCCCUUAAAUGCUACAUGAAUUGCAUAUUCCAUGAAUUUGAGGUUGUCGACGAGAACGGCGAUGUACACUUGGAAACCCUUUUCCGUAGCGUUCCGGACAGUAUACGCGAGGUCCUGCUUAAUAUGUCAAAGAACUGUAUUCACCCGGAGGGCGAUACUCUAUGCCAUAAGGCAUGGUGGUUCCAUCAAUGUUGGAAAAAGGCAGAUCCGGUGCAUUAUUUUCUACCUUAAAAGACUGGGAGCGCAAUUAUGCUGACGAACAUUAACGUUGACAACGGACCUGAUACAUAUUUAGAUACUUUUUUUUUAAUAUUGUGUGAUUCUGAUUUUUAUUUACAUUUUAAUUUUUAUUAAAGCAUGAAAGCAAAAUGAACAAAAAAAAA